AUGUUUCCCAAAGAAAGCUUGUGGAGCUGCGUUGCACUCAGUUUGGGACGCAAUGACGAUCUCAGGAUGAAUCAAGUCCAGGUCAUCGGCACUCAUAACAGCUAUCACAUCGAAACAACUUACGCGGAGCGAAAAGUUCUCGAAUCGGCCGUGGGAUUGACGACAGCUCAGAACCUCUACUACUCACACCCCUCAAUCUCCGACCAAUUCACGUACCAGUCGGUUCGCGGCCUUGAAAUCGAUCUUUGGGCCGAUUCCACAGGAGGGAUGUACGCCACGCCCUUGGGUCGCAAGUUACCCAACCUUCCUUAUCCCACGGAGAAAGAAUGGCUACUUCCGGGAACCAAAGUUCUCCACGUCGCCGACUUCGACAUUAAUGCAAACUGCCACACGCUCAUCAACUGCCUCGAACAAAUCAAGGCAUGGUCCAAAGCAAACAAAGGUCAUACUCUCAUCCCGAUAAUGCUAGAGUUCAAAAUCCCCGAUGCAUCCCUGAUCGCUCUUGGUGGUGCACUUGGCGAAGCCUGGGACACAACGAACCUCGAGACAGUUGAUGCUGAAAUCCGUUCUGUCUUCAAAGAAAGCGAUAUGAUCACCCCAGACGACGUCCGCAAGAAGGGACUUACGCUGGAACAAUCCGUUCUUAAGCACGGUUGGCUAUCUCACCAAGAUGCAAAGAACAAGGUCAUGUUCUUGAUGGACAAUGAUCCCGUCGCCGGCCUGAUCCGCAACCCGUACCGCGCAAACGGUCACGAAAACCUCGAACACCGUGUCAUCUUCACGAACUCCAUCCCUGGAGAACCGGAUGCUGCCUUCCUGAAGCGGAAUGACCCGCGAGGUGAUAACUUGGCGAUUAUUCGGGAUUUGGUGAGGAAGGGAUAUUUUGUGAGAACGAGGAGCGAUGAGCCGAUCCAGACUGUGUUGUUGAAUAGUACGGCAAUGAGGGAUGCGGCGAUGGCAAGUGGUGCACAGUUGAUUUCGACGGAUUUUCCGAGCGUGGGGAUGGCGAGCAGGUAUAACAGUUCGUUUGUGGUGAGGUUUGAGGGAGGUGCUACGGUGAGGUGCAAUACGCUGAUAGGUGGGAAUGGCUGUAAGGAGCAGGGUUUGGAGAAGCUCAAGAAUUAA